GUCGAGUGUUCGCAAGAAACAUUAGGGGAUUCUUUCGUACGUUAAGCUCUGUAUAUUCAACUAAAGAGAGAUGCAAAGAGUGCGAGUUUCGUCACAACAAGCUCCGGUGCACAAGCUCGGCGAUUCCCAAAUGACCCUCUCACCAAAGUUUCGAUUACCCGCAGCGCGUUCCACCAUAACCGACCACGCACUAGACUUCGAUAGUUCUCUUACAGGAGAGCCCUUGAUUCCAGGAUUCCCCAAUGAUGUGGCACUACAAUGCCUCCUCCGUGUACCGGUAGAUCAACACACGUCAUGCAAAUCCGUAUGCAAGCGUUGGUAUUCGUUAUUCGGAAGCAAAGAGCUCUUCUUCACUUUGAGGAAAGUGCUUGGUUUUCACGAUCCAUGGCUUUUCGUAUUCGCGUACCACAAAUGCACCGGAAAAAUCGAGUGGAAAGAGCACUUUUUGUUAUAUGUUUACUUCUAUUGAGCUAUCUAAUCACAUUUUUCAUCCAACUAAUGUUUAUU